AUGGUAGUUAGGGUGAUGAUGUGGUGGCGGUGAUAGAUGGGUGGUGGUCAUGGUGUUUGACAUGGAUGAAGGGGGUGAGUUGGGAGAAGAGGGAUUAAAGAAAAAAAAAAUAAUAUAGUGUAUUAUUUUCAGAAUACGUAAAGAUAGGAUUAUUUGGAGAAGAUGAGCCAAAUGUAGGAUUAUUAGUUUUAAUUUUUCCUUUUUAUGUCGACUCGGUAAUGUUUGCAGUAGAAUCAAUUCACCGAACCCAAAAAAAAAGUGGUACAACCAACCAAAGCCUCCAUCCAGCGAAGAAAAGAAGACUCACUGUCGACUUCGUGCAAAAUAUCAUUCGCUCUUUUACUCUUUAUUUACACUUUCUCUCUCCUCUUUCCUUCUUUACUCCAUUGCUCUCUGUGAAACUGUGAUUUUACGCACAGAAUUUCCAGAGAUUAUUAAUUUCACAAAAUCGAGAUCGAUCAAUCAAAUUCUUGAUUCAAUCAAUUCAUUUAUUAUUUCCGACAUUUCCCUUGAUUGAUUUCAUUCCUUUGUCACAGAUCUACAGAGUUAACUCUUAAUUACUACUCGUAUUGCAGUUUGCACUUCACAAUUUUUAAGAGAUGUUGUGGUAAAGCAUAAGGACUUGCUUCUGUACUAGAAAUGGUGUGUAUCGUAUAACUAAAGUCAAAGACUGAGCAUUUUGUUUUGUUCAAGAAUUAAGAAGAAAUGGCUCCAAGUUCCAAGGCAGAGAAGAAAGCAGCUGUUGAUGCAUCUGCUUGGAUGUUCAAUGUUGUCACAUCAGUGGGAAUUAUUAUUGUCAAUAAAGCUCUGAUGGCCACAUAUGGGUUUAGUUUUGCUACUACAUUGACGGGAUUGCACUUUACUGCCACAACUAUAAUGACACUUGUUCUCAGAUGGCUUGGAUAUAUUCAACCCUCUCAUUUGCCACUGCCAGAUCUGCUGAGAUUUGUUUUAUUUGCUAACUUUUCCAUUGUGGGCAUGAAUGUUAGUCUUAUGUGGAACUCAGUAGGAUUUUAUCAGAUUGCUAAAUUGAGUAUGAUUCCUGUAUCCUGCUUGUUGGAGAUUGUGCUCGAUAAAGUUCGAUACUCCAGAGAUACGAAGCUCAGCAUAGGACUUGUUCUUGUAGGUGUUGGUGUAUGCACAGUUACUGAUGUCAGUGUAAAUACCAAAGGUUUUAUUGCUGCUUUGGUUGCAGUUUGGAGCACUUCUCUGCAGCAAUAUUAUGUACAUCAUCUUCAAAAGAAGUAUUCGCUGAGUUCUUUCAAUCUGCUUGGUCAUACUGCACCAGUACAGGCUGGAUCCCUGCUUUUACUGGGUCCAUUCGUUGACUAUUGGUUAACAAAUAAGAGAAUUGAUGCUUUCAACUACACUUUACCAUCUGUGAUCUUUAUAACUCUGUCAUGCACAAUUGCUAUUGGUACAAACCUUAGCCAGUUUAUCUGCAUCGGCAGAUUCACAGCUGUAUCUUUUCAAGUUCUCGGCCACAUGAAGACAAUCCUUGUCUUGAUUCUUGGCUUCAUCUUCUUUGGAAAAGAGGGUCUGAAUUUACAUGUGGUUGUGGGUAUGAUCAUAGCUGUAGCAGGAAUGAUCUGGUAUGGCAAUGCCUCCUCAAAACCUGGUGGUAAAGAACGUCGAAGUCUUUCGUUGCCUAAGCAGCAAAAGAGUGGAACCGAUUCUACAGAACUUGAUGGAAAGGUCUAACCAUUUUUUCCCUUUUACCCACCCACACUCACAGUGGAACAAUUACAUGAGACGAACUUCAGGGAUUCUUAAUGAUAUACUUCGUAUAUGAUAUGAGAUGUAGAUUUCAAGUAGAACUUAAAUUGCCCUGUGAUUAGAUUUUUCUUAGCAGAUUUACACCCUUUGUUUUAUUUUUGCUUUUGUAGUUUCAUUAUCACAUAUUUAAAUGAUUUUAUUUUGAAUUACGGUGUCAGAUUUAAGAGAACAGAUUAAUUGAUUGUUUUCGUAAUU